CAAAGCGCUCAUCCUCUGUGCUCAGCUGCGGACAAAGACUGUGGGGACUGCCCAGGCUCUGAGCUGCUGCUAGCCUAGGGUCAGGCCAACUUGGACACUCCUAUGUGUGCUCCCAGAAGGCAAGGACAUUCAGAAAGACAUGGCCUACAAACAGACACCAGUGCUGCUUUUGGUCUGCAUAGCCACCACAUGCAGUGCCCGGGACAGAGCAGACCUGCUCAACACUUGCAUGGAUGCCAAGCACCACAAGACAAGGCCGGGCCCGGAAGACAAGCUGCAUGACCAGUGUAGGCCAUGGAAGGAAAACGCCUGCUGCUCAGUCAACACCAGCCAGGAGAUACACAAAGACAACUCCCGUCUGUACAACUUCAACUGGGAUCACUGUGGCAAGAUGACCCCUGCCUGCAAGCGGCACUUCAUCCAAGACACCUGUCUGUAUGAGUGCUCCCCCAACCUGGGGCCUUGGAUUCAGCAGGUAAUGGGUCAGGAGGGCGCCCUUGGGCUCAGUUUCUUUACAGCUAUAGCUGCCAACAUCCCCUCUACCCAGGUGGACCAGAGCUGGCGUAAAGAGCGCUUCCUGGGUGUUCCCUUGUGCAGAGAGGACUGUCAGGAGUGGUGGGAGGCCUGCCGCACCUCAUUUACCUGCAAGAUGGACUGGCAUAAAGGCUGGGACUGGACCUCAGGCAUUAACAAGUGCCCGGCCUCUGCAGCCUGCCUCACCUUUCAGCAGUACUUCCCCACACCAGCCAGCCUGUGUGAGGGUCUCUGGAGCCACUCCUACAAGGUCAGCAACUACAGCCGAGGGAGCCGCCGCUGCAUUCAGAUGUGGUUCGACCCAGCCCAGGGCAAUCCCAAUGAGGAGGUGGCUGCAUUCUAUGCUUCCCUUGUGUCAGCUGGGGCUGCUCCCCAGUCAGUGGUGCCUCUUGUGCCCAGCCUGGCCCCAGUGCUGUCAUUCUGGCUCCUUGGCUGAGGUCAGUCUUCUCUAUCAAGAAAGAGGAAGUCCUAAGCCUGCUCCACCUCACUCCUCUGCCUCCAGUUCCUGCUCCACGAUGGGGCUCCGGCUUCCUAAACAGUCAUUUCUAAUAAAUCUGCGGCACAUCUAGGUCUAAUAAACUGUAGUCAUUGUGAGUUCGUGGGUGGGCGGGGACAGAUCCUUUGGGGUCAGAGCAAAUAGAGUGUUUGAAUGCCCUUGUCACCAUAUAAAAGCUUGUAGUUAGUGCCCUCCUCCCAGAAGGUGGAUGAACUAAGUGUCUAAGCAUUAGUAGUCUGUAGGAAUCUAGUUGUUUCUGGGGCCCCAAGUGAGAGGCAGAUCCAGGAUUUCUUAUUUAUAUAGUUCCCAAACAUUAUCCCUUCGUGGGCUGAGACUGUAACUCAGUUGGAAGAGUGUUUGUCUCGCAUUCAGAAGCUCUAGGUUCUAUCCUAAAGGGUGUUGGCAUAGGCCUGCAAUCCCAGCACUUGGGAGAAGAAGGUAGGAGGAUAAGAAGCUCAGUCUCAUCGUUGUCUACAUGGAGAAUUUGAGGACAAUAUGGGAUAUAAGAAACACCGUCUCCAGGCUGGAGAGAUGGCUCAAAGGUUAAGAGCACUGGUUGCUCUUCCAGAGGUCCUGAGUUCAAUUCCCAGCCACCACAUGGUGGCUCACAACCAUCUGUAAUGGGGUCUGAUGCCCUCUUCUGGCCUGCAGACAUAUAUGCAGGCAGAACCCUGUAUACAUAAUAAAUAAAUUUAAAGAGAGAGAGAUACUGCCUCCAACAAAAAUAAAAUCACAUUCCCCAUACCCCACCAUGUGUCUGCUUAUCUCGCUACUCAGCUUACAAUGGGAAAACUGGAAAUAGAAAGGGGGAAAACUUC